GCGGUCCGGAACCGGUCAUGUGUGCUCCACGUGGUUCUGGUCCCGCGUAAAAGCGGAGCAGAGAAACUCCGAGAGGGAGACGCUUCCGGAGCAGCAUCAUGUCCCUGUACCGCAACUCCGCCUGGUUCCUGAAGGGACUGACCGAGUUCACCAGGAAUGGCUUCCUGACAGCUUCCAAGCGUUUCGUGGAGAAAGACUUGGAUGUGUCUGUGGCCGGACGCUCUUUCAUGAUCACAGGAGCCAACAGUGGCAUUGGGAAGGCUGCUGCCAUGGCCAUAGCCAAGAAAGGGGGAACGGUCCACAUGGUCUGCAGGAACAAGGACAAAGCUGAGGAGGCCAGAGCCGACAUCGUCAAGGAGAGCGGAAACAAAGAAAUCUACGUUCACAUUCUGGACUUGUCUGAGACCAAGAAGGUCUGGGAGUUUGCUGAGGCCUUCAAACGGAAGUACAAGACUCUCAAUGUGCUUAUCAAUAACGCAGGCUCCAUCAUGAGUCAGCGAGAUGUGAACGCAGAAGGACUGGAGAAGAGCUUCGCUGUAAAUGUCCUCAGUAUUUACAUCCUCACCAAGAGCCUCGUUCCUUUGCUGGAGAAGAGCCCGGAUCCCAGAGUGAUCAUAGUGUCCUCAGGAGGAAUGUUGGUGCAGAAGCUCAGGAUAGGAAACCUACAGUCUGAGCGUGGUCGCUACGAUGGCACCAUGGUCUACGCCCAGCACAAAAGGCAGCAGAUUGUGAUGACAGAGCAGUUUGCAAAGACUCACACUAACAUCCAUUUCUCCGUCAUGCAUCCUGGUUGGGUGGACACUCCAGCGGUAGCCAACGCCAUGCCAGACUUCCAUCGCUCCAUGAAGGAAAGCCUGCGCACUCCGGAUCAGGGGGCGGACACGGUGGUGUGGCUCGCUGUCUCCGAGGUUUCCAUCACAAACCCGAGCGGACGUUUCUACCAGGACCGAAGGGUGGUGUCCACCCACCUGCCGCUGGCGUGGACCCACAGCUCCCCUCUGGAGGAGCAGAAGUUCAUGUCGCUGUUGGAGGAGUUGGCCAAGAAGUUUCAGUCGCACUAAAGCCUGCAGGAGGCCCCAGCAGCACUAACCUGGACUCAUCACAAAGACUCUGCUCCGUCUGCAGGGUGGAGGGGGGGUUCAGCUCUGUCCUCCCUCAAACACGAGGAGCUCUGAUGGGACUCUUUGGAAAUCCUGCCUUCCAAAAGCAGAACUGACAGCUGGCGUGAUGCUCUCUAACCAUCAGUGUGGUUGUUGUUGUCGUGUCGUUGUUGGGCUUUGUAACCAUUACAGGUCAAUGUAACCAUAACGAGCUUGAAUGUCUGAGCGUGCUUCUGAGAGAAGACCCCGCCCACUCAGAGUGUCUCCGUGGUUUCAUUAGCAGUCAUCCAGAUGGGAAUCUGAUGACCAAAAUCACCUUCAUCUCUUUGUCACGUUCUCUCUAAUUGUAGGUCUGCCACACACCUCCCCAAGUCUCACUGUAACUUUGUGUGAAUAAAGCAACUUACACACUGCUA